GGACCGGACCCAACACAACACCAGGUUCCCGACCUGGUGCUGGUGCGCACAAACCCAUUCGAGUCGACUCCACCGCCGACCCUAUAUAUCCCUCACUCUUUCGGCUCGCCCGCAAAACCCUAGAACCCACCCCUACGCCGCCGCCGCCGCCGCCAUGGGUAUCGACCUCGUCGCCGGCGGCCGUAACAAGAGGACCAAGCGCACCGCGCCAAAGUCGGACGAUGUCUACCUCAAGCUUCUGGUGAAGCUCUACCGCUUCCUGGUGAGGAGGACCAAGAGCCAGUUCAAUGCCGUGAUCCUGAAGCGCCUCUUCAUGAGCAAGACCAACCGCCCGCCGCUCUCGCUUCGUCGCCUCGUCAAGUUCUUGGAUGGCAAGGAUAACCAAAUCGCUGUGGUCGUGGGCACCAUAACCGACGACAAGAGAGUUUACGAGGUGCCGGCGAUCAAGGUGGCAGCUCUCAGGUUCACUGAGACGGCAAGGGCCCGCAUUGUGAAUGCCGGUGGAGAAUGCCUCACCUUUGACCAGCUGGCCCUUCGUGCUCCUCUUGGCCAGAACACGGUUCUCCUGAGGGGUCCAAAGAAUGCCCGUGAGGCAGUGAGGCACUUCGGUAAGGCUCCUGGUGUGCCGCACAGCCAUACCAAGCCUUAUGUCCGCUCGAAGGGAAGGAAGUUUGAGAAGGCAAGAGGAAGGAGGAACAGCAGAGGCUUCAAGGUCUAGGUUCUUGCUUGGUGUUCAUGUGCUACACAGCUCUUGUUUGAGUCUGAGUUAUGUUAUUAUUAAGUGCUAGGAUCAUCUAAAUUUUGUUCGAAUGUCACGCACUGUGCUAUGUAUCCGUUUUACCGGAAACUGUAUUGUUUAACCUCUCUCAACUGGAAAUCUUUCAAGUAUCUGAUCCUCUUGAAUGAAGUAUGAUGGUUUGUUU